AUAAUGUCCAUUGUAGACUGGAGGGAGUGGAGAGAAGUCUAAGACAAACCUCCAACCCACAUCUACCACAGCCCACCUCAGCCUUAGGGUCCCUGCAUUGCCACCAGUGAUCUUUCCAUGCAAAGAUGAAGAUAGUGGGGGCUGCUAAAUGAUUUUCCAAGGGAGCUCUACUUUUUACUACAGCUUAAUAGCUGAAGUGGCAUUCACCCCUGUCCUCUAAAGUCCUGCCAGCCAGCUUCCAAGUGUCCAUCUUAGGCAGAAGCUCUCUAUAGGCCUUUACUAGCAAGCAUGGUCUCCUCCCGGGCCUAUACUGUACCUUGCUUUGUCUCUUUAUUAAACUUGUCCCAGGGUUGGCUAGAGGACCAGGACAUCAACAAGACUGUGAUAUGGCAGCUCCACAGGGUCUCGGCCUUCCUGGCUACUCACUCUGAGUUGGCUGUGCUCACCAUGAGGAAGUGCUUCCAAGCAACAGAAAGGAAGUUUCUCCCCUGCUAAUGUGCUGGGAUGGAAAAUCUAUUUCCAGUGGAAUCCAGGAGUAGAAGAGAAAGCUAAACAAACUUAGAGCAUCCACCCUUGUUCAGGGCCCUCCCUCUCCUCAGAGACUUCCCCUCCCACCCCUGCCACUGGGAUGGGUUCUUGCAAUCAGCCUGGGCAGGCUGUCUCACACAUUCCAGGGUUCACAUUCAUAAACACAGUCUGUGAACAACAGUGCCAGCACCUCCCACCUUCAAGUAAGCAGCUGUCCCCAGAGAUGCGGGGUCCCUGCGGCCAUCUCCUCUCACCAGGGCAGCUGCCCAUCAUCGCCAAGAAUAAACUCCAGCUAGUCGCUGCGUGGAUCUGAAUCAUCUGAGAGCUUCCAAAGGAGGGGAGUGACUACCCAGGACGCACAAGCAGACUAUAUAAGUUCCCAAGGGUUAGGCUCCACGCAGAUCCUUUCCUGUGGCUACUGCCUGCCAGAGAGUUACCAACAGAGAGCUUGCUUGGCAUCUAACAUGUCCGAGGCUGGCACUCCUGAAGGCCCCAUCAAGAAGAAGCGCCCCCCUGUGAAGGAAGAAGACCUGAAGGGGGCCCGAGGGAACCUGGCCAAGAACCAGGACAUCAAGUCUAAGACAUACCAGGUCAUGCGGGACUACGAGCAAGCCGGCUCAGCUGCCCCAUCAGUAUUCAGCCGCAACCGCACAGGCACCGAGACAGUCUUUGAGAAGCCCAAAGAGGGACCAGCCAAGAGCGUGUUUGGCUGAGACGUGCACAUUGCACCAUCCACCUGGACACAGGAGCCUCCCCACGAACUUUUUUUUUUUUUUUUUUGUAAUGCUGGAAGAUGCUUUUGCUCUGCUGUCUCUUGAACCAUCAUGACUCCCACAACCCUAGCCCUUGGAAACACCAAUAAAGAGUAUGCCCAAUGUCCCCAGCCUUGGGACGUUGCCAUGGCCGCUACCUGCAGAAGAGAGGGAAGUGUGGGGACAUAGCAUAUCUGGUGCCCUUCCUGGACUCUGAGGUGGGCCAGGGAUGUUCUCAGAACCACUGAGGUGUUCCAGGCAGAGCCUUAGCCGCGGAGUCCUGGCGCGGACUUCCUGAUGGAUGUAGAAGACAGUUCUUCCUAAAUCUGUUUUAGGCUGGGAAGAUGGUGCCAUAGCUAAGAGCAUUUGCCGUUUCUUUAGAGGACUCUGGUUCAGUCCCCAAAUAUCCACAUGGUAGCUCAUAACCAUUGAACUCUGCCACCCUCUUCUGGCCUCUGCGGGCAUUGCAUUAUGUAUGGUAUACCUGUAAGUCAAAAUACUCACGUACCUAAAAUAAAAAAUGAAAUGGAAAAGUAA